AUGGGCGUGUCCGUGACCGCGUGCGACUCGCCGCUGGCGCUCAGCAGCCCGCAGCCCGACAAGGAGCAGGCCGGCAGACCGCCGCAGUGGCGCCCCGACACGGCCAGCGACUCGUGCCUGUGCUGCGGCAACGACUUCUCCAUCUGGACGCGCCGCCGCCACCACUGCCGCGCGUGCGGCGAGCUCGUGUGCGGCGAGUGCUCGCCCUUCUACGUGCGGCUGCCCGAGCUCGGCUACAAGGGCCGCGUGCGCGUGUGCACGCACUGCCACGCGCUGGCCGAGUCCUCGCUCGAGUCCUCCGCCUCCACGCACAGCCUCACGCGCCUCGAGUCGGCCGCCGCGUCCAGCGAGUCCUCGGACAACGAGCUGCUGGGCGACAUCGAGGAAGAGCUCGUCUUCCGCGCCCUGGACGUGCUGGCGCUCACCUCGCGCAACAAGCGCUCCAAGAUGCAGUACCAGUACUUCGUGCAGUCCGAGGCCGUGAGCUGGCUCAUGGACGACGGCAUCAUGUCCAGCCGCACGGGCUGCGCGGCGCUCUUCCUGCGCCUCAUCGACUACGGCUACGUGACGCUCAAGCCCUGGAACGGAUCGGGCCGCAGCGCCUUCUACAUCCUGAGCGAGGAGGUGUCGAUCGAGAACCGCUCGUCGCACUACGACACCGCCAUCCACUCGGAGACGACCAAGUGCCGCAACUGCGCGCAGUCGUUCCAGAAGGCGCUGGCGCCUGUCGACGGCUUCUGCUCCAUCGACUGCAAGACCAACGCGCUCAUCAGCCAGUCCGACUCGGCCCACAUCCGUCGCUUCUGCGCCUAA